AUGAGGGUGACUGUUACCGGUGUUCCCCCCGAUCCGGGCAUUGAGACUGCUGCUCUAGGUACUGGUGAGGCGGCUGCCCUAGUCCUCCCGUGUCCUGCGGCUCCCUCUGGCACCCUGUCUGGUCUUUACCUCCCCUCGUUCUCUACGAACCUGGUGAGUGGUGCUGACCUACAGGAUGGGGAGUCCACCAGGCCCUGGCCUACCUGUGUCCCCUGUGUCGAGGGGCGCCAGCGGGCUGCCCCUCACUCCUCCCAGUUUCCUCAGACAGAGGCCCCGUUGCAGACGCUUCGAAUGGACGUGGCAAUUCUACCAUCCCACCUCGUCGCCGUGUUCUGUCCUCCCAGGGACGUCACGUUUGACGAGUCGGUCCCCUACUACCGCCUCUUCCCCUACCGCACUCCGUCCCUCCCCCUGCCGCCGCUCUUCCUUGUUCCAGAUCCCCCUCCGGUAGACCCCCUCCCCCUCAAAAGUCUGUCCCUUCAGGUGUGUCCCACGUAG